CGCUCUCCCAUUCAACCGCCGUAGUCAGCAGACCGAGCGGCUGAGCGGAGCUGCACAGCAUCCACGGCUACAGCAUCCCGCGGAUGACUCCGCUCCCCGAAGGAGAGCGAGGGAGGCAAAGAGAGAAGAGGGAAGAUCCACAGAUGAAUAGAGUCUGCAAGGAGGAGGAAACGCACAGAUGGAGUAAGAGUGGGAAAUGAAGGGAAUUGAGUAAACACCACUGCCUGCCCGAGGACCACUGCAGCUGCACUAAAUCUGGGGCUGUCAAGCCAGCCCUCAGAAAAGCAGUGAGUGAGAGAGGCAACGGAGCAGAGGGGAAAAAGAAGUGAUUUAAAGAGCUGAUAUCAUCACUCCGCAGAAGCAGCGAUGGGAACCGCAAGAGCCUCUCAGUCAGCAGGUCAAACUUCACACGGGAAAAGUGCCUUCGGAUCCCCGGUCUGAGUGUCUUCAGGGGAGUGAGAAAAAAAAAGGAGCGAAAAGGGAGAGUUGUCCGGGUCAGUUACAGGAAGGCGAAACCUCGCGCAGGAACAGUCAAUACCACAUUGCUGAGUAGAGCUUAAGUCUCUCCUGUCCACCCCCCCCCCUCCCCCUGGACCAGCCUCACACCUGCCCUGGUCCUGGUGAAUGUAUUCUCUGCAUGCAAUCCCACUGCUCGGCAGUUGAACACACUCAUGGUCGAUGCGAAGGGACGGAACAUGAAAUGUCUGACUUUUUUCUUAAUGCUUCCCGAGUCGGUGAAAAGCAAGUCCAGUAAGAGCUCCAAGAAAGGGAAUGCCAGUGGCAGCUCCAAGCUGGCCCCCGUCUGCUAUGAGAUAAUCACUCUGAGGAGCAAGAAGAAGAAGAAGAUGGCAGCGGAUAUUUUUCUCACCAAAAAGUCGGCAUCCACCACCACGGUGCGACAGUACCAGCAGGAGAACCUCAACAACAACAACAUACAGAACUGUAACUGGCAAGGACUGUACUCCACUAUAAGAGAAAGAAAUUCCGUAAUGUACAACAAUGAGCUGAUGGCAGAUGUUCACUUUGUGGUGGGUCAGCCUGGAAGGCCCCAGCGUCUGCCAGGACACAGAUACGUUUUAGCGGUGGGCAGCUCAGUGUUCCACGCCAUGUUUUAUGGCGAACUGGCGGAGAACGACGAUGAAAUCAUUAUUCCAGAUGUGGAACCAGCAGCAUUUCUGGCGAUGCUGAAGUACAUCUACUGUGAUGAGAUUGACCUGAGUGCGGACACAGUGUUGGCCACUCUUUAUGCUGCCAAGAAGUACAUUGUCCCUCAUCUGGCACGUGCGUGCGUCAACUUCCUGGAAACCAGCCUGAGUGCCAAGAACGCCUGUGUGUUACUCUCGCAGAGCUGCCUGUUUGAGGAGCCGGAGCUGACACAGCGCUGCUGGGAGGUGAUUGAUGCCCAGGCAGAGCUGGCGUUACGCUCGGAGGGUUUCUGCGACAUCGACACCCAGACGCUGGAGAGUAUCCUGCAGCGAGAGACACUCAAUGCUAAAGAGAUAGUGGUAUUUGAGGCGGCGCUCAACUGGGCCGAGGCUGAGUGCCAGAGACGGGACCUCACGUCGUCGACUGACAACAGGCGUAAGGUCCUGGGCAAGGCCAUGUACCUGAUACGCAUUCCUACGAUGGCUCUUGACGAUUUUGCCAACGGAGCGGCCCAGUCGGGCGUGUUGACGCUUAACGAGACCAACGACAUCUUCCUGUGGUACACGGCGGCCAAGAAGCCCGAGAUGCAGUUCGUCAGCAUGCCUAGGAAGGGCCUUUCACCCCAGCGCUGCCACAGAUUCCAGUCCUGUGCCUACCGAAGCAAUCAGUGGCGCUACCGGGGCCGCUGUGACAGCAUACAGUUUGCAGUGGAUAAAAGAGUAUUUAUCGCUGGGUUUGGACUGUAUGGAUCGAGCUGUGGCUCAGCAGAGUACAGUGCCAAGAUCGAGUUGAAACGUCAAGGCGUACUGCUGGGACAAAACCUCAGCAAAUACUUCUCCGAUGGUUCCAGCAACACCUUCCCAGUGUGUUUUGAGUAUCCGGUGCAGAUUGAGGCGGACACGUUCUACACGGCCAGCGUGGUUCUGGAUGGAAAUGAGCUCAGCUACUUUGGACAGGAAGGGAUGACAGAGGUGCAGUGUGGAAAAGUGACAUUUCAGUUCCAGUGCUCCUCAGACAGCACUAAUGGCACCGGGGUGCAGGGGGGACAGAUUCCUGAGCUCAUCUUCUACGCUUGAGAUCCCCCGUGCUCACAUUUUACUGACUUUCAGUGCACUUAUGGAAAAUAGAAAAUUAUCACUUUGUGCAUAGUGUCACUUUCUGGUGUGUUCUUCAAUUGUGUCACAAUUGUGCAAAAAAGAAAAAAUACACAUUUUGACACCUGUGAUAGGUUCUCGUGUGGUUUUGAUUUCGCUAACUGGUCCACUUGAGUAGGACCAGAUAAAUGUCUCAAGAUGUUGGUUCAUCGAAUACGUGGAUCAACAAAAGUCUUAAAAGAUGAAAUAUCUUGCACUAGAUAUGCAGGUAUAUAUAUGCAUAUAUGUAUAUGGUGCCACAAUUGUGGCCAACACAGGUCACAAAGAUGUAUGAUGAAUAUGCUACAGUAUGUUUAUUAUUUCUAUGCUUGCAUAGGAUGCACAUACAGUAUUUAGCAGCCAUAUUUCACAUUCUACAUUCUUCGAUUUCACGCCAUGACUCGGUCUGGACCAUCAGCAUUACAAAAGAAGAGGAAGAAGGCAGUCUGACACUACGAACAUAAAACAUUUGUAUUUGAGUGGUUUCAACUCAAUCUGCAGCUUUUUGAUACUUUGAAUCUAGUAUUAGAGGCGGUUUCAGGGGUCUUAGAUUAGGGGGCACUAGGUAUAACGAAACACAUAAACCAUAGAGCAUCUGUCUCUGUAGCAUGUUGACCUACACUCAUACCGGUCCCCCCAGUGAGGUUUCAUUUAGAUCAGUGUCAUUAUGUUUACAGUGCAAUUCUACUUAAAGUGAUCACCAUUCAACACGUCUGUCUGCAUUGCAGAACCUGCAGCAUGGCCAGAACUUCCAUUUCAGCUUACAGUUUUACUAAUUGUUUGCGAGUCUUGGUUUUGUUCACAGCAAAAGGUUGUUUCGCUUGUGGAGAAUUUCUCGUUGUUAAAAGCUCUGAGCACUCCCUUGCAAUGUGAUCCCAUCCAGUAUCAGUAUUUUCUUACUGUAUAUGCUAUAGAAUUGCAUUGAUUUUGGUUAAUGAUCCAAUAGUAUUAUGCCUUACUGGUUUGUUUUAAUGGGGCAGAUUAUCUUUGAUUUUCCGUGGUAUGAAUCUUUUUUUCUGGUCUAGGAUAAAAAUCCACAGACUUGUCUGCUGAUGAAAACAAAUGGGCGAACUGGUGUUCAUGUCCUGUGUUUACGUGCUACAGUGAUGGGGAGACCAACGAAUGUGUAUGAUUGUUGAUGAUGCAAAUAAACAAAACAAGUGGAACAUA